AUGGGCUGUACUAUUCUACACUCCGGUGUAUGCCAUUUCUGUACGUGGCUGGACGCUGCUGUCGCUGGCCUCAUGCUCAUACCAACGAACGCUGGCUUUGGUUUAGGCGGGGUCCUGGCGGGCUGGCUGCACAUCAAGAAGUCCGGAUCUUUCUACACGUCAUGCUUGAUCUGCUUUGUGCUUUUCGCUGCCUCAAACCUAGUCAUCUCACAAAUUGCGACACCCAACGCCAACAUAUACGUCUUCGUCACAGUCCUGUUCUGUAACGGCUUUAUCACCGGCGCAUUGCUCAACUACUCGCUGGCACAUAGGCCUAUCGGCUCAUUCGGCUCGGCCAUCUCUGGCGGCCUGUUCAUUCGCACACUCCAAGAAGCGCUCCGUCAUGGCUUCAAGCACGAAAACGUGAAGGGCAAGGCCGAUCUUAUACGAAGGUUACUUGGGAAUCCAAGGCUUGUGUAUCAGCUUAGUGGUAUUGAGCAUGAUGUUGCCGUGGAAGGUUACGUUAGCGCUCUCCGGAUGCUCUUCAUCUUCGGAGCUGUGCUAUCACUGGCUAUGCUAAUCUUCCAAGCUCUGACAGGUUGGACGCCUCCAGAUACCAAGGAUCUCUCCGCAGAUGAGCGGCAUGCAGCAGGACUAUCGCCUAUUGUGUCUCGCGAGGCUGUCACGGGCUAA